AUACAGAUCUUCCAUUGACAUUAUAUAAUGAGUAAGGAUUUUGAUGUUGUAGAAUAUCUUUUAUUUACAUGUUAUCAAAAAGUAAUUUGCCCGCCCGUAGGGUGGGGAUACCUGAUCGUGGGCAAUAUCACCAGCCUCGUGGUCGUUGUGCUUUCGGGUAAAAAGGACCAGAUCAAACAACGAAAACAAAAACACAACCAAAACCAAAACAAAAACAAAAACAACAAAACAAAAACACAACAAUCACAACACAAAAACAAAACGAAAUCAACAAAAACAAGUGAAUGUGUGGGCAGUCUCGAAUCUGGGUAUGCUCAAUGGAAGAUCUCCCGGUGCGACGCGGCAUACCCGGAUGCCAAUCAUAAUACCAUGGGCAGUGCCACUUGUGAACCCAUCAUAUUCGGAUAUUCUUCAAAGUCAUUACAGAAAGCUUCUCAUGGCCUUACGCAAUGUUCUGGAAUCUGCUGCAUUUUGUAGACCACAUAUAAUCCCAAGCGCCGCAUGAGUAGAUUUGGUUGCGCAGUAUAACAGUACUUCAAACUCACCCACACAAUGACCUCAAAAUUAAGGCCAAGAACGCAGACAAUGCAUUUCAAAACUUGAGGCCAACAGGCGCCCCACUCUCGCUUUAUUGCUACGGGGAAGAGGGCAAUGGGAAGCUCACAGACAAAAGUAUCAAGCUGUGGGAGAUUGACAUGAUUACUCUAUGUUUUAUUUUGUGGAGCAGAGUCUAUGCUGAUAUGACUGUUUCUUGCUUGUGAGUUCACUAGCUUGAAGAGUUCCAGACAUCCGUAUGAAAUAGGGCAAAUGGCCCAUGUUUGACGGUUUCCUCUGGUAGAUUCAGUUUGGAAGAGGGUUAUUUGCAAUUGAUAUGUUUUGUUCGGUAUCGUUGUCAUCCAUCAUUUUCGUCACUUUUUCUUGUAAUUUAC